AACAAUUCUGUCCUCUUCAGAUGCAUUACAGUGCCUAACAUACCCAUCAUGAAUGGAUUUUUGCAGAUUCUUUGUUCCUGAAAGAAUAUUAGAAAGAUAUUGUGCCAAAUUUUCAUUUUUCUUUGCAUUUGCUAUCAAUUUCUGAAGUUUUAGGCCAGUUUUCAAAUCCACCAACUUUUAUUUGCUGUAUUUUGGCCUACUUAUUUGCAAUCAUGGAUGAAAUGUUGCCAAGUCCUGGGUUCAGUAUCCCCAGCAUUGGUACACCAAUGGCUCAUGCUGGUGAGGAAGAAAUGAUCUUGCCUGCUGCACAACAGCAGCAACAACAGCUGUCUGCCCAACAACAACAGCUGUCUGCUCAGCAACAACACUUGAGCCUCCAACAACAGCCAAGCCUUUCCAAUUUCAGCUCAGGGCUUACUCCUCACAGUCUAAUGCAGCCUCAUACUCCUGGUGGAGGCAUGGGAGGUGGCAGUGUCUUGUCUCCUGCCAUGAGUGGCUCCCUGAUGCACAGCAGUGGAGGCCUCAUGAGCAACAUGGCUCCCUCCACUCCCAUGGCAGGGCCCAACACCCCUCUUACUCCUGACUCUGGCAUCUUGCCUCAGCUCCAGAAUAUAGUCUCCACAGUCACCCUGGGCUGCCAGCUGAAGCUCCAGACGAUUGCAACCCAGGCCCGUAAUGCAGAGUACAAUCCUAAGCGUUUUGCUGCCGUCAUCAUGAGGAUCCGAGAGCCCAGGACGACUGCGCUCAUAUUCUCCUCUGGCAAGAUGGUCUGCACAGGCGCUAAGAGCGAAGAAGACUCCAGGCUGGCAGCUCGUAAAUAUGCCAGGAUUAUUCAAAAGUUGGGAUUUCCAGCCAAGUUUAUGGAGUUUAAGAUCCAGAAUAUGGUCGGUAGCUGUGACGUCAAGUUCCCCAUCAGGCUGGAGGGACUUGUGCUUGCCCACAACCAGUUCAGCAGUUAUGAACCCGAGUUAUUCCCUGGCCUCAUUUACCGUAUGGUCAAACCCCGCAUUGUGCUGCUGAUAUUUGUCUCUGGCAAGGUCGUCCUGACAGGAGCGAAGGUUAGAGAGCAGAUCUACGAGGCAUUUGAAAACAUCUAUCCAAUUUUAAAGAGCUUCAAAAAGUAAUCCUGGGAGCUAUGCCAGCUCUGAGCAACCCCGUACCUGUUCGUCAAUACUUUAGUUCUUUAUUAAGGCAUUUAGUUUCGCGUCGUUUGCCUCUACAAUCUAUGUUAAAAUCCUUUACUAUCUUAAGAUGCGUUGCAAUGCGGACAGUUAGAUGCGCUGCGAGGGGCGAUGGGUGCAUGUGAUUUUUCACUGAUGAGUUCCAUAGCUACAGUAUCUAAAUAAUUAACUACACUUUGAGUAUGCUCUCCAGAACUCAUGAUUUUUAUAUUUCGAAAUUUAGUAGACCUUUGUUAACUCUAAUUUAACUCUAGAUGCGCGAGGAAAGAUGUAUCCGGAUUUACUCAGACAAGCGUUUCAUCGGUUGGCUCGUCUGUAAUAGAGAAAUAUUCUCUAAGCCAAGUUCUGGUACCUAUAUAUUCCUGUCUAGACCAUUCUUUAUGGAGCAUCAUGUUAUUGAGGUUCUUGUGCGAUCAUGUGUAGUCUUUUCGUGGAAUCAGAAUUUUAUGCGGACUAAGUUAUUUUGAACUUGUUUAUUGUACGUGCUGUUCAACACAAGCAUUUCUUCAUCACGACUCCUUAUACGUUUCCUUUUUUCUGCUUAACAAUAUUUUUGCUUUAAAUCAAGUAAACCUUUCCGUAGUUGAGAUACGAUUGAUUUAAAUAAUUGUAUGGGGAUGGAAAUUGGGGCACUUUGACAUCAUACGCUCAGUGUGUUUUUUUUUUUCUGCAAAUUUGUUUUUUUUUUUUUGGUUCCUAAGGCAUUGCUUGUUACGUUCUUACAACCUAUCGUUAAUAUCUGUUGUCAUUGUACUAAUUAAUUUCUUCCUGACGCGAAUGGAGUUGGAUAAAUGUCACUUAUGCCUCACGGCCACGCACUCAUAACGAGAUCAGCGUUGUGUUCUGUUGUGCACGUUAAGUCUUGUCCGUAGACUCGUGCAACAGAGCUUGCUUGUGAUGGCCUUUACUUUUGCAGGAGACAUUCUGUAGUUUCGCUCAUUCAAUGAAGAAACUACUGGUUCGUUUAAA